UCAGAGUCUUUAGUAGUUACUGUAAAAAUUAGUAUCUUUACAUAAACUCUAGAUAAGGAUCUGACAUAUUUAAGUUUAUUUGCAUAUUCAAAAAACAUUAUAAGAGGGAAUAAUGACUGUCUACUUCAACAAAUUAUCUAUUAGUACCAAAGAAGGUGAACCUAUGUUAAUGACUUCUUUUGAAGAACAGAAAGGGAUGCCUCAUCUGGUGUCUAUUUUUGAUACCCAGUAUUUUAGGAAAUGGACAGAGAUUCCACGAGGAUUAUCAUUCCAUCAUAAGAUGGAGACGAUUAUAAAAGAACUACAGAGUGAAAAGUUUGGUUUGUUUCAAGCAAUGAAAGUCAGGCGGCCAGUCACUGCAUUUACAGGUUAUGAUCUUGUACAAUGGUUGAGGAAGAGGUUUGAUAUGGAGGAGCAGAGAGAGGCCAUACAUUUAUCACAACUGUUAUGUCAGUAUGGGUAUAUCUACCCACUAGAUCUAAAAAGUUACAGUAUAAAGGAGGACAGAUCAGUAGAAUACAGAUUCCAGAAACCAUUUUAUUGGCCAUUCAGUAGUCAAGUAUCAACAGACAGUAUAGAAUAUGCAAUUUAUCUUCAGAAGAGAAGCAUGAGAAAUAAACAGAAGCAUGGUUUGGAACCGUAUGAGCAGGAAGCAUUUGAUAAAUUACUGAAAGUCUACUGUGAUAAAAAGGAAUUUAUUGAGAAACAAGCAACAGAACAAGUUGAUGAAAUAAAGAAAAAGAAGAGAAAUGAGAAGAUAAUAUUUGACCAACAAGAGAGAGCAUUCUGGAGAAUACAUCGACCACCACCUGGCUGUGUGAAAAAUUUAGAAGAGGGACCAAAGAAAAAUUUUCUACCACAACAAAUCAUUGCAAGAAAGAAGACAAAGGAAGCCUUGCGUAAAGAGAUUGCAUUCUUAAAGAAAUCAUUUGGACGACCGAGAAUGAAGUUUUCUAUGGUGUUUGAGUCGUACAAAUUACGCUGGGAACAGUAUAAAGAAUUUGAUCCUUUCAUGGAUGUGACAGCAACCCAACCAUCAAAUCCUUGGAUGUCUGAUGAAACCAUGCUGUGGGAAAUUAAUUCUCCAGAUGUUCACAUUCCUACCGAUUCCAGAAUGAAGAAAUGGGCUAUAAGUUUUUAUGAACUAAUUAAUGACCCUCGUGGACAAUGUGAAUUUGAUGAAUAUUUACAAAAAGAAUAUAGUCAUGAAAAUUUACAUUUCUGGUGUGCUGUGGAAAAUUAUAAAUGUUGUCCAAGAUCUCGACAGAAAGAAGAAAUGAAUAGUAUAUAUAAAAUGUAUUUAGAGAAAGGAUCUAGAAGUGAAGUGAAUGUAGAUAGUAAAACAUUAGAUCAAGUACACCAAAAUAUGAGAUCCAGUUCAGAAUCCAAUGCAAAAGCUCGUUAUGUAUUUGAACCUGCACAAGAGCAUAUAUAUGUAUUAAUGAAAAAAGAUAGUUAUCCAAGAUAUCUUAGAUCUGAUCAGUUUAAAGAUUUAAUGGAAAAAGCCAAACAACAACCUCUAACAAAACGCAGAUUUUUCUUUGGAGGACCAAAGAAACGACCUUCAACACCAAGUCCAAAGAUAAAUCGUCGUCAUGGUAGUUCUUCCAGUGAUAGGGAUGUGAGUUCUGACAUCAGUGGAGAAUCAUCACCAGUCCAUGUGGCUCAUCAUUCUUUCAGCACAGGAAAUCUACAGGAUUUAGACUCGCACAAAUCCUCACGAACUAAUUCAAGAAAAGAGGACAAACCGAAACCAAAAAUUGUUCACUUGGAAACAAGUGGUCUUUCACCAGGAUCUGUACGGCGACGAUCAGAGGAACCAACAAGAAUCCUGAGUGUAAAUAGUGGAAGUAAUCGUCGGAAGAGCAAUCUGGAAGUCCCUAAACACUAUGGAGUUAAUGUAGAUAAACGGAAAGUCGAGGUCACACAAACUAAAAGUUUAAAUGUACCAAAGACAAACAGUGUUGCACCAUGGGAAGGAUCACAAUAAUUUUAUAGAUAUUUAGUAUAGAUGACAAUUAACUGUGGAGUUUUUAAUUUCAAAUGCUUUAUUCUCUAGUCAUACUGAAAGUGAAUAGUAAAAUACUAGUCCAGAUUUUUAUCGAAUUAUUUUAGCAUAGUUUAGAUUAUUAUAAAAACCUGUUAUGUUUCAAUAUCUGGGUAUAUAUUAAAGA